AUGAAUAGGACAACCAAUCACGAUGGCAUUUUGAUUUGUCAGGAUUAUAAAAUGUCGAUUGAGCAUGAAAUGAACCUCGAAAAUUUAAUAUCAUUAGUCCAAGAACGGCAGUCUCUUUAUGAUUACAAAAACAAAAAUUAUAGCAACAGAAACAUACAGGAACAAUUAUGGACAGAAAUAUCGGAUAUUCUAAAAAUACCAGCUAAUGAAUGCAAGGCAAAAUGGACCACGCUUCGAAAUUCAUUUUCAAGACAGCUGCGUGAACAAAAAAAAUUGCCAUCUGGGUCCGGAGCAUCAUCAAGAAAAAGAAAAUGGUAUUUAUUUGAUAAUAUGUUGUUUCUCUCUGAUUACGUGUUGCAACACAAAAAAAUGGAAAGCAAUAUUAAUAGUUCCCAUAUAGAUAACUUAGAAAACGAUAGUUUCGUUGAAGAACCAAUAGGGUCAGAUACUGAACAAAAUUUAGAAACAGUUGAACAAGAAGUGGUUUCACAAACAAUAGUUACCGAAGAUGCAAAAAAUGAAAAAUUUAGUAAUGAACCAUUAUUUAAAAAACCAAGAAUAAAUCGAAAAAUGUUACCCAGUGAAAGAGUGGUGGAACCGAUGUUGGAAUUUCUAAAGACAAGAACUCAACCAAAAAAAAAUAAUGAGGAUACACCUGAACUUUCUUUUUUUUAA